UGCUGCCAAUACAAUAUCACUCCCACUAGGGACGUCUUCGCAAAAGGCGGCUACCUAAAGCGAGUUCCUUCCACAGUUUCCCGGCCCCCGGACCUCCCGCCGCCGUGCGCGCCCUAAACCCUAGCCCCCGCCGCCGCUAUGGCCGACCCGAGGCUGUUCGCGUCGGGAUCCGACGACCGCGCCGACGCCUCCGCCGCCGGGCGCCGGCUGUACAACCCGUACCAGGACCUCAGCAUCCCCUACAAGACCCUCUACGACCUCCCCACCUCGCCGGAGUUCCUCUUCCAGGAGGAGGCCGAAGCGCAGCGCCGGUCGUGGGGCGAGAACCUCACCUUCUACACGGGCAUCGGGUACCUCUCGGGCGCCGUGGGGGGCGCCGCGCUCGGCCUCCGCGACGCCGCAGCGGGCGCGGAGCCCGGGGAGACCGCCAAGAUCCGCGCCAAUCGCGUGCUCAACGCCUGCGGCAGCUCCGGCCGCCGCCUCGGCAACAGACUGGGCGUCAUCGGGCUGAUGUACGCCGGGAUGGAGAGCGCCAUGGUCGCCGCGCGCGACCGCGACGACUGGAUCAACAGCGUCGCCGCAGGGCUCGGCACCGGCGCGCUCUUCCGCGCCACCAACGGGCCGCGGUCCGCUGCCGUCGCGGGCGCCGUCGGUGGGGUCCUCGCUGGCGCCGCCAUGGCAGGCAAGCAGCUGGCCAGGCGAUACGUGCCUGCCAUAUGAUCAUGUCUCUGCGCUGCCACAUGGAAUCAAUCCGUCGCCAUUUUUUUUUUUUUUUUGUUUAUCUGAUGGUCUCCAGGUUAGCUUCUGUAUUUGGGAAGGGGUUUCCCUUCUCCAAAAUGAUAAAUCUAUGGUACGUUAGU